GCCUCCAGGAGUGACGCACAGUAAUGGCGGUGCCCUUGUUAGAAUGGGGACUGCUGUUGGUCAUUUAUUAGCUAAGUUACUGUGAUUCAGCUGUGGAUUUCUUAAUUACUACGUUUAUCCGGUUACAUUACUUAAAGACUUGAUGUUAAAGUCUGGCACAGCAGGCCCUUCCACCGUUUCCUCUCCUCAGCCAAUGAAGGACCCAAAGGAGAGCUUGUCCAUGUCCGCCCGGGCUGUUCUGGACCACAUUAAGCCAUGUUGGUACUGGGACAAGAAGGAUCUGGCCCACACACCAUCCCAGGCUGAAGGCUUGGACCCGGGGACAGAGGCGCGCUACAGGAGAGAAGGAGCGCGCUUCAUUUUCGAUGUGGGGACACGACUCGGCCUACAUUAUGACACACUGGCAACUGGCAUCAUAUAUUUCCACAGAUUCUACAUGUUUCACUCAUUUAAGCAGUUUCCCAGAUAUGUGACUGGUGCCUGUUGCCUGUUUUUGGCUGGGAAAGUGGAAGAAACUCCAAAAAAGUGUAAAGACAUUAUCAGAACAGCUCGAGAACUACUGAACCCUGUGCAGUUUGCCCAGUUUGGGGAUGAUGCAAAGGAGGAAGUGAUGGUGUUAGAGAGAAUCCUGCUCCAGACCAUAAAGUUUGACCUGAUGGUGGAGCAUCCGUACAUGUUCCUGCUGCGCUAUGUCAAACAGCUAAAAGGGGACAAGAAUAAAGUGUGCAAAGUACUACAGAUGGCAUGGACCUUUGUCAAUGACAGCCUGUGCACCAUGCUGUCGCUACAGUGGGAGCCAGAGAUCAUCGCUGUGGCCGUCAUGUACUUGGCCGGACGCCUCUGUAAAUUUGACAUCCAAGAAUGGACCACGAAGCAGCCGUCACGACGCUGGUGGGAGCAGUUUGUUCAGGAUGUGCCAGUGGAGCUGCUCGAAGACAUCUGCCAUCAGAUCCUGGACCUGUACUCUCAGGGGAACAAGCCCAUCCCGCAGCAGAUACAGGAGAGAGAGAAGGCCUCCACUCCUCAGGCUCCUCCAGUGCCACAGGGACCUCCUCCUCCACCCAGCAACCCCCCUCCACCUCCACCAAAGAAGACUUCACCACCAGGGGGCAGUCCUGCACGACAGCUCAAACGCACACAUGCGUCCCCUAAAGAAGAACCAAAGGCUCCAGAACAAGUUGGAUCAAAAAUUCCUCGUCUGGAGAGCCCCAUGCCGCCCCUGCCUUCUCCGCAGCCUCCUCCUCCGGAACGUAAAGCUCCCGUUCCUGCCCCUCCCGCCGAGGCCGAACCAGUCAGUGAAGUGGCGCCUCCCCCUCCUCUGGCCCCGCCCCCUCAGCAGCCGCCCCCUCUGCCCCACCGCCCACCCCCGCCUCCCCCCUCCAGCUACGUCAUGUCCACCACCAGCUCGUACAUGUCCGGCGAGGGCUUCCAGAGCUUACAGUCCCUGAUGAAGACUGACGCGCCCACCUACCCGCCCCUGCCCCCCGGGUACGCCCCCCCGAUGCCCCCCUAUCACCACGUCUACCCGCCCCCUACCGCGCCUCCUCCGGGACCCCCGCCCUCCACGUACCCUCCGCCGCCCAGCUUGCCCCCGGCGUUCCCUCCUCCACCGGGGUAUAACAACUACCCGCCUCCCCCUCCUCCGCCCAGGAUGGCACACACUCAUGUACCUCCACCGGGAAUAGGCCUACACCCGCCCGGUUACCCUCCUCCACCCCCUGUGCCCGGACAGUCACCAGUCCCACACCCUCCUCCACCAGGUAUGCUGUUAAAUCGCGGGGGUUGGAUGAGAUGAAACGGAAAUCUUAAAAACUACGUAAAACUUUUCGCAAAUAAAAACGCAGGAGUGUUUUGCCGUUAAAAAGGGCAUAGCGAGCUCACAGGACGGCAGCGCGAACUCGAAUUAGGAAAAAGGCUUUAAUAAUAAAUUUAAAGAAUUUGAUGGGUACAACAUGACACAUUGUUAUCUGCUCAUGCAAUAGCACCAUCCAUAAAACGUCAGAAUGAGUUAAAACGGAAACAUUUUCUGCUGCGUUUGUUCAUUUCUGUUUUAAAUUUGACUGUGACCCUGCAGUUGUUUUUUUUAUUAUGUUGAAAGUUUAGCUAAACGUUGUCGCAUUAGCUAUCAUAGACAUCGCCUUUAAACCAUUGUUGUUUCCGAUAGUAUUUCAUAAACUUAUAAACAUCACCGUUCAACGCAUAGUUUUCAGUGACGUGAUAUUUGCAGUGCUUUGGACGGCAGAGGAAAGGGUUAAAGGGCUCGUAUUAGAUUAUUUUUUUGAUCGAUGUUGUAAUGUUUCCUUAUCAAAAACAGACCUGGAGUUGUUUUGUUUCACUUACACAUGUUUAACUCACAAAUGCUUCAUAUUUAGGCUGAGUUCUUCUCUCAAACUGAAAACACGCUGUUCCUCCUUGUGAUGUCAUGUGGUAAUACAGGAAGUGCUCUACUGUGUUUUUAAACUCCUUACAGCUUCUCUACAAUCAUUUGGAUGAAUUCAGUCCAGGAAUUACCGAUCUCUACUAAACAAAAUGUAACGGGUAACAAUGCAUUUUAAGCUUUUGAGACGUAGACAAACUAAUAAUGCAGUGUGAAUGAAACAAAACACAACUCCAGGUAUGUUUUUGAUGUGCUAACGACAUUAUAACGUGACUUAAAAUGACCUUUAAAGUUGCCUCCCUGAUGCAAAACAAGACUAAUUCAUAUCAUUUGAAAUACGAAAUAAACUAUGAAUAACGCUGGACUUUUCAAAUAUAUUUGUCCAGACACAAAAAAAUAAGAAUGAUGAUGAGAACAUUGACAUUUUUGUAUUUUUGUAGUUUAUUUGUUGUUUAUAUUGCGAUAUGGAUCCUUAUGUCCCAAUUUUUUACCCACUAAACGUAGUGUUAUUUUCAGAUGUUGGACUUUAUUUACAGUUGCCAUAUUACAACUGUCUGCAAUCAAAGUGUUACCUCCUUUUGAAUACAUUGGCUUGGGAAUGUGACAUUACAUGAAAACUCUGGGUAGGACCAUGUUUGCGUAACACUGGACAUUUGGGGCAUUUUUGUACAUAUCUGCUUUGUUCCUGUAGGAUUUGAGAGAUUAUAUCCAAUGUGCCUUAGGCUCCUCCUCUGUACUGUUCGUGCAGUUUUGGUUUUGUGUCAAAGUGGCACUUAGGACAAUAAAGACCUGCUUUUUCCUAA